AUGGGGGCUCAGUGCAAACUCCUGAGAAAACCCAUCCCCACCAUCACCCCAUCCCAGGUCAGCUUCCCACCCCCACCACCACACUACCACCUGGGGGCCCAGAAUAGGAGUGCCAUCCUCUCCAUUCUGGGCUUCUGGAUGGACAAGUACACUGAGGACUUACGUCAGGCGGCAGACUUUUCCAGCCUCAAGCUGCUCAUGGACUACGCUCAGCUAAACAUGCCUAGCUCAGACCUGGAGCACCGUGUCUGUCUUCUGCUUGCCCAGUGCAGCAGGCAGAGGGAGAGGAAUGACAGCCUGGACUCCAUCUGGUCCCAGCAGAACAAGAAGGGCAAUGUUACUGAGUUCAACAGUGUGGUCUACUCUGUCAUCACCACCUUCCUGGGGGACUGGAGCAUGAAGGCUCUGGACUGGCGUGAAAAUGAGUCAGUGCCGAGCCUGCAUAGGAAGUCCUCAGUCCGGAUCUAUAAAGUAUCUACAAUCAAAAAUUUAGUGGAGCCCCUGGUGCCUGCCUUCCAGGACAAUGACACUUCCUACAUCUCUACCUUUCUGUCCACUUACCGGUCCUUUGGGACCACCAAACAGGUCUUAGAAGUCCUUUUCAAAAAGUAUGGAUACAUCCUCAGGAAUGGUGGACCCCAGGACCAAAUAAAAAAUGCCAUCUCCUCCAUCCUGGGCCUCUGGGUGAACCAAUACCUGGAAGAUUUCUAUGAGCUCCCAGAUUUGCCCUGCCUCUGGCUGCUGGUUGACUACACAGGGCUCAAUAUGCCCGGAUCAGAGCUGGAGCAAUGUGCCCGUCUUCUCCUGGCACACAUGGAGCACCCAGAGCCCACUGAGGCAGAGCCAGAGGAUGAGGCAGAGCCAGAGGAUGAGGCAGAGCCAGAGGCUCCAGGACCUGGUCUAGAGCUACACACAGCUCCAUCAUCAGCUUUAGUGGCAGCUCUAGAGCUGGAGGCAGCUCCUCUGGCAGCUCCAGAACCAGCUCCAUCACGAGCCCCAGCAGUUACACCAGAGCUUGGGCCAGUGCCAGCUCCAACACCAGAGCCUUCCUGCCCCUCACUUGUGAGCACAAUGCAUGAGCUGAGACAGGAGGAGAAGCUGAACAUCUUGUAAUUCCCUCCCAAGCUGGUGACAGAACAAUUAACGAUGGUGGAUAUGGAGCUGUUCAAGAAGGUGGUGCCCUAUGACUGCCUAGGCUCCAUCUGUUCCCAGAGGAAAAAGAAGGGCAAGGAACACCUGGUGCCCACCGUCCGUGCCACAGUAACACAGUUUAAGGUGAUCCACUGUGUAAUCACCACCUGGCUGGGGAACAGGAGCAUGAAGGCCCCAGACAGGGCCAGAGUGGUGGAGCACUGGAUCGAAGUGGCCCGGGAGUGUCUGAUCCACUGGAAUGUCUCCUCACUACAUGCUAUUCUGUCUGCUUUGAAGAGCACUUCAAUCGAUCGUUUGAAAGACAGUUGGGGAGAAGUGUCCAGCCACAGCUCCCAGACCUUUAAGAAGCUGCGUAAGAACAAGGACACACUAAUCAGGGACCUGCCCAUUAAGAAGGGGAUCUCCAAGUUUGCCACCCUGAAUAUGAUCCCCAAGAGGGCCCAGAAGAUGCAGCAGCAGAAGGGUGUCCUCCAGGGCACCAUGCCCUACCUGGGAGUGUACCUCACAGACCUGGUGAUGCUGGGCACUGCUUUGCCAGAUUUUCUGGAUGUGAGUGAGCCUGGGCCCGUGGGGAUGCCUGGCUGA